AUGUGGCAGUCAGCCCAGUUCGAUCGCCAGUGGCAGGAUAGCUCAGUUGGAAAACCAAACCCUCCAUACAAUAUAUCCAUUAAUUGUGAAGUUUCUCGAGGAACUGCAAUAGUAAACUGGACACCAGGUUUUGAUGGAGGAGCAGAACAAACAUUCAUUGUGUCAUACAGAACCAGUGAUGGCGAUCAACAAUUAAGUGUAAAGUUCAGACAACCGAACGCUAUAAUUACUGGCUUGAAAGAUGGUACUCUCUACUACUUCAAAGUUAUUGCAAUCAACACAAAUGGUAAAACAUUGUCUGAAGAAGAGGAGUCUUGCAAAACACAAGAAGUCGUCAUUAUCAAAGAAUCAAAUAUAGGAGGAAUAAUAGGUGGCACGUUGGGGGGUGUUGUAUUGAUAAUACUUAUCGUCUUGAUAUUUCUCAACAGAAAAUAUCAGAUAAAAUGUCAUGAAAGAAUGCCAAACUCAAGUGGGGCGAAAAUGAAUGCAUCAGACAGUCUCUCAAGAUUACCAGGUCUUGGAGCAGAGAUGAGCGCCCAGUAUGAAGAGCUAAAUCAGAAUAGACGUGAACAGGAAAACAGUUAUGAUGCUAUUCGAACACCAAACAAAAACAGAAUUUCCGGGAAAGUAGUUCUCAGAGUUAAUUUCAAUAAUGACGCCCAGUAUGAAGAGCUAAAUCAGAAUAGACGUGAACAGGAAAACGGUUAUGCUGCUGUUCGAACACCAAACAAUCUACAACCCCAGAAAGAAGAAAGCAAGUAUGAAAUUACAAGUCCUAAAGAUAGUGAUUUUGCUGUUUUCAAUGCUCAUAUAAAGAAAAUGAUAGACAAAUAA